AUGUCUGAUCAUUGGAAAACUUAUAGAGAUAGAGAUGUUGUGGAAAAAGCAAGUAAGAUAAGAGAAUGUAUUCUCAGUGAGACGUGGUGGGACAAGGUGGAUUAUAUAGUUGAGUUAACUGAUCCUAUUGUGAAUAUGCUAAGAAAAUGUGACACUGAUGAUCCUACUUUGCAUCUUGUAUAUGAAAUGUGGGAUUCAACUAUUGAGAAAGUAAGGGCAAUCAUCUUUAAACAUGAAGAGAAAAUAGAGGAUGUUGAUACUUCUGAGUUUUACAAUGUUGUAGAGAUUAUAUUGUUUAAAAGAUGGACAAAAAAUAAUACUCCUCUGCAUUGUAUGGCUCAUAGUCUCAAUCCAAAGUAUUAUAAUGAUCAGUGGUUGCAAGAAGGUGUUGGUAGAGUAUCUCCCCAUCAAGACGAAGAAAUUUCUGCAAAUCGAGAAAUAUGCUUAGAAAGGCUCUUUCCAAAUGUUGUACUAAGACAAAAAAUUAGGGAAGAGUACGGAAAGUUUUGUGCUAGAAUGGGAAGCUUCGGGAGACAUGAUGUAAUGGAAAGUGGAUAUUCUUUAAAUCCACUGGCGUGGUGGGCUGUUAAUGGAUCAACAACUAUCAUGUUACAAUCAUUAUCCGCGAAGCUUCUUUCGCAACCAUCUUCCUCAUCUUGUUGUGAAAGAAAUUGGAGUACCUAUUCCAAUAUCCACACAUUGCUUCGUAAUAGGUUGACAUCCGAACGAGCUGAAAGCCUUGUGUAUGUGCAUUCUAACUUAAGACUUCUAAGCAGACAAGGAGAAGAUUACAAGGUUGGACCGACAAGGCAUUGGGAUGCAUUAGGAGAAAACCUUAACAUGGAAGGACCUUCUGCACUUGAGGAUGCAGUAUUAUCUUUAGAUGAACCUGAUUUACAACCUUUUAAUUUUGAUGAAGAGGAUGCAACUGGUGAAGACUAG